AUGGCACCCACCAUUUCAAAUCUCUUCCCUCGACAAGGCUUUGGUGGCAAUGGUGGCCCAGGCGAUUUCGGCGACGACAGAGGCCCAGGUAAAGGGAGCGGAAUCCCGAUAGCGGCAAUUAUUGGAAUAGUGAUUACAGUUAUCAUCGUUGGGCUCAUUGUUGGCUUCUUCAUCUUCAGACACCUUCGACUCCGUCGCAACAGAGCCGCAAAUGGGUCGAUCAACCUCCGAUCUGCAACAUCCAACAACCCCACAACUGGCACGCCAGCAACCGACCCCUUGAAAUACGGCGCCAGUAGUGGUGGGGGUUAUACCGCCACGGCCGACCAAAACCAGUCCCUACUGGGCAACGCAGAAGCGCCUGCCAUCGUGAUGUGGGAUCCCAACGCCUCUGACCACGGCGGCAUCGGCUCCACGCAGGACGGAUUCGGGUACGAUAACAACCUGAACCUGCAACGACCGGCCAGCGUCGCCAGUUUCUCCGCCCCGCCUCCGCGGUACGAGGAAGCCACCAACAGUACUGGAGGACUUCCCGCGCAAGCGCAAGGCGAGGCCGCGAGCUACUACAACCCGGCGGUAUCAAUGGUCCAGGAACGCGGGGCCAGUCUCACCAGCCAAAGCGAGGCCCAGGGGUCAAGAACACGCGCCUUGAGCGUCGACCAGCGUAGCGUCAACGGGGAUCGGAGUCGGAGCAUCUCGCGGUUCAGAGAAGAGGGCAUGGUCGACGUCAGCGUCAACGUCGAGACGAAAAGCUGA